AUGCGGAGAGAGUUGGAGCUGGUUCUGGGAAAAUUGAUUCUGAAUGACCAAGAGCACCAGGGAAAAAUUGGAGUUAAAUUUAAUGUUGGAACUGAUGACAUCUCUAUUGAAGAGAUCAACGCAAUCAUUAAUGAUGGAAAAUACCAUGUAGUACGUUUCACAAGAAGUGGUGGCAAUGCCACAUUACAGGUGGACAACUGGCCAGUUAUCGAACGUUACCCAGCAGGAAACAAUGAUAACGAGCGCCUGGCGAUUGCUAGACAGCGAAUUCCAUAUCGACUUGGUCGAGUAGUUGAUGAAUGGCUACUCGACAAAGGGCGUCAGCUCACAAUCUUCAAUAGCCAAGCAACCAUAAAAAUUGGAGGCAAGGAACGUGGGCAUCCUUUCCAAGGCCAGCUCUCUGGUCUUUACUACAAUGGCUUGAAAGUUCUGAAUAUGGCAGCAGAAAAUGAUGCCAACAUCGUGAUAGAAGGAAAUGUGAGACUUGUUGGUGAAGUGCCUUCCUCUAUGACAACUGAGUCCACAGCCACAGCGAUGCAGUCUGAGAUGUCCACGUCAGUCAUGGAAACAACCACCACUUUGGCUACAAGCACCGCUAGAAGAGGAAAGGCCCCGACAAAGGAACCUAUUGGUCAG